AUGGCGGCCUCGAAGCUGCUGCUGCCGCUGCUGGCUGCAGCUCUCCUGCUGCACGGGGCCGCUGCGCUGAGGAUCAGCGCGUUCAACAUCAAGGCGUUUGGGGACAGCAAGAUGUCCAACCAGACCAUUGCAGAUUUCAUCGUCUCUAUCCUGUCGGAGUACGACAUCACCGUGGUGCAGGAGGUGCGGGACGCCGACCUGAGUGCCGUCAGGAAGCUGAUGACCCAGCUCAACAGUGCGUCGCCGUACCCCUACAGCUUUUUGGACAGCAUCCCCCUGGGGCGGGGCAGCUACAAGGAGCAGUACGUCUAUAUCUACAGGUCAGACAUCGUCUCCGUGCUGGGAAGCUACUACUACGAUGACGGCUGCGAGCCCUGCGGGACCGAUGUCUUCAGCAGGGAGCCCUUCAUCGUGAAGUUCUCCUCGCCUACUACGCGUGAGCAGAGCUGGGCAGCCCCGGCACUGCUCCCCCCCGCUGCCUCUCCGGCAGAGCUGGAGGAGUUCGUGGCAGUGCCCCUGCACGCGGAGCCCAGCAGCGCGGCGGCCGAGAUCGAUGCGCUCACCGACGUCUACACGGAUGUCAUCAACAAGUGGGCGACCAAUAACGUCCUCUUCCUGGGCGACUUCAACGCCGACUGCUCCUACGUGACCGAGGCACAGUGGCCCUCCAUCCGCCUGCGCUCCCACGAAUCCUGCGAGUGGCUCAUCCCCGACAGCGCCGACACCACCGUCGGCAGCACCAACUGCGCCUACGACCGCAUCGUUGCCUGUGGCUCUGCGCUGCGCCAAGCCGUCGAACCCGGCUCCGCCACCGUCAACAACUUCCAGCAGACUUUCCACAUCCAGAACAAGGAUGCUUUGGCCGUCAGCGACCAUUUCCCUGUGGAGGUGACACUGAAAGCCCGACGCCAGCCCCACCCUGCCGCUGUGCGGGUUUUGGUUUCCCAACGUGGGAAGGAGCCCAAACCUGUGCCAAAACACCCACGGGGGUGUCCGACUCAUCCUGCUUUCCCAGCACCUCCGCUGGGAAUAAAACAGCCCUCCUGCCGCCGGGAGGGCAGAGGUGCUGCGCGCUUGGCACGCAUAUUUCCAAGCCCAGAGCAAACCCUGGCUCCCAUUGCUACUUCCCUGCGGCUCAGCAUCCCUCCCAGCAGGAUGGGGACCAUGGUGCUGACACUGUCCCUGCUGGCUGCGGCUCUCCUGUGCCCAGCCACCGCCACACUGCGCAUCGGUGCCUUCAACAUCCAGGCAUUUGGUGACAGCAAGAUGUCUGAUGAGGCCGUGGCGGACAUCAUCGUCAACGUCCUGCACCGCUACGACAUCGUGCUGGUGCAGGAGGUGCGCGACUCCGACCUCAGCGCCGUCACCGAGCUCAUGGAGCAGCUCAACAGCGUGUCCUCAUCCCCGUACGACUACGAGAUCAGUGGGCCCCUGGGACGGGAGAACUACAAGGAGAUGUACCUCUUCAUCUACAGGACGGACGUCGUGUCGGUGGUGGACACCUACCAGUACGAGGACCCGCAGGACAUCUUCAGCCGGGAGCCAUUCGUCCUGAGGGUCUCAGCGCCCCACACCAAGGCAGGGGAGUUUGUGAUGGUGCCGCUGCACUCGGCCCCGCACGACGCUGCCGCCGAGAUCGACGCGCUCUACGACGUCUACCUGGCCGUGGUCAACAAGUGGGGGACCGACAACAUCGUGUUCCUGGGGGACUUCAACGCCGACUGCGCCUACGUCAAGCCGAGCGACUGGUCCUCCAUCCGCCUGCGCACCAGCGACGUCUUCAAGUGGCUGAUCCCCGACAGCUCCGACACCACCGUGGGGAAGUCGGACUGCGCCUACGACAGGAUCGUGGUGUGCGGCGCCAAGCUGAAGAGGAGCAUCGUGCCGAACUCGGCCACUGUUUACAAUUUCCAGCGCGCUUUCCAGCUGGAGCAGGAGGAGGCCCUGGCAGUCAGCGACCACUACCCGGUUGAGGUGAAGCUGACGGCUUGAGCUCCUCCUGCAGCCGCAGACCACGAUCCAGCUCCAGCUCCCACGACCACCCCCACGAAGGCGCUCUGCAGCCCCAUCCACGAGCCCUGCACGUGGGCUGCUCCCGAGUGCGGUCUGGAGAAGGGUGACAGCCAGCCCC